GCCGACUUUUUCAUGAGUCCAUUCAUUGACAGCCUCAAUGACAGGUCAGGUGUCGAUUGCAUGUAACACAUGCACGAGUCAACAAUGAAUGGACUCAUGAAUUCUCUCCCACAUGCAACCAGCCCCACACCCCUUCAUGCCUUGACGAGCCCCCUUGCCUUGGGGAAGGCCUUGACGUCAUCCGCAGCCCUCUCGUCCUCGCGCGGAUCAAAUCCGAGCAUACCGCCUGUCAGUCAGGACACACAAACACAUGCACACAGAGAGAGAGAGCAUACUGUGGCUGGUGGCUGACGUACUGGCGGGGUCGGCCUCCUUCAUGCCCCGCCCUUUGCGUGAGGCGGUGCCCGGCCGCUUGGACCCUGAACCUCCUGACACUACACGACGCUUCUCGCUACGCUUCUGAAUCGACAAUAGACCGACCGCACAGACGAUAUUGAUCAGAUGACGUGUGAGGUGCAAGAUCUUGCCUACCGCACUGCCGCUGCCGCCCGCGGCUGAUGGCGGUCUGUCGUUGCGCACGGCCCCACCGUCAUCCGUGUACGAGUAAUAGACACUACGCUCGAAGUCACUGUAUGGACAACGACACAACAAACACAGCCACCAACGGAGAGGAUGCCCCAAUCUCCAUCGCUGGAUGAAUGGGGGGCAUUUUCUGUGUGUGCGUACGUGAAUGGCAGCCCAGUGGCGUCAUCUGCAUCGUUAAGGGCCGCAUCUAACGCCGCCUGGAUGCUGAUAAAGUCAGGCACAAGACAAGAGAUCAUUCCAGUACGUUUGGUCAUUCGUGUGUGUGUGUGUGUGUGUGUGUGUAUACUUUUCGGGCAUGACUUGCUGCCCCUGGACGUCGGCCCAGUCAGAUGUGGUGCGAUCGGGGAGGUCCAAAUCGUUAGCGAUGAUGUUGUCAUAGCGAUACCUAACACGCCAACACCGACACACACACGAGUGGCAGUGCAGUGCUCUAAGGUGUAUGGUGCGCGCCACUUCUGUCAUUUACUCUUUACCGUGGAUUUGUGCCGGCAAUGGCGAGUAGUCUCGCCUGCUCGCUCGUGGGACGCGGGAGGCCCAAGGCAGACCCGGGACGCUUGGGACGCCUGACAAACACACACAGACAGACGUGCUGUAUGUCUCCUGCAUUACGUGGUGUGGUGGAUGUGUAGUGGGUACAUGUUGUUUCCGGCGAACUCGAGUCUGCUGAUGACCCACUCGUCCUCCUCAGCGUCCCACUGGGCACGCUGCUCUAUGCGCUGACACACACACACACACACACACACAUGGACAGGGAUGCGUGUGUGGCUGUGCUGUGCUGUGCCAGCUCUUCAUGUGUGUGGAUGCCUACAUGGUACUCUUCCUCCGGCACGAAGUGUGUGAGAAUGACGUUCUUGAGUUUGAGCUCCUUGGUGAGGUCGCGGAUGCUCUCCAACAUGUCCUCACGCUCCUGCUGAAACUCCUGCAAGGCGACACACAUACACACACACACAGACGCAAAGAUGUCGGCUGUGUUGUCGGCAUGCCUGGGUUUGUUGACCUGCUGCAAGUCCUCUAUCUCAUUGGAUGCGGCCUUGUACUUCUUCCACAGCUUCUCCAGCUUGUUCGUCAGCUUCGAUAUGUGCUCCUCCUGACAGACAGACAGACACACACACACAAACAGAACGAGUGGACGGACAUCAGCCAGCCAAGUGUGUGAGACGCAUGUGUGUAGGUUACCUACCUGUGAGUUGUACUUCUCCACUAGUAGCAGUUUUUCCUCCUGCUCUGCCUCACGCUGACGAUGCAGCUGAGACUCUGACCGAGAAAUAAGCACCCACAUACACACGCACCCAGAGUAGGCAGAUCGUUGUCUUGAUCUUUUCCGCGUUGGCGUACCCCUUUUCCUCCUCUCUUCGAUUUCGAUUUGCGCCUUUUUGAGUUCCUGCUCCUGCUGCAGGGCCUGCUGCAUGACCUGUGUGCCCUGCAGCAUCUUGGCCUCCAUCGCCUUCAACUUGCCCAGCAACGCCUCCUGAGCCUGUCGCAUGGCCGAUCAGAUUACACACACAGACAGGUCAGGAGAUGAUUGAUGUGUGUGUAUUGUAUUGUGUGUCUGGGUGGUGCGUGGCGUGCAUUGCAUACCCUCUUGUGCUCCUCUUCCUGCUCUUCUCUGGACUUGAGUUCCUCCAUCAGCCGACGGCGCUCCUCCUCUGCCAAGUUCUUCUGCUGCUCUAUCGCCUGCACCAGGCAGGCAGGCACAUCACAAACCACACAGACAGACAAAUGACGAGUGCCCACUCCGUUCGUUGUUCUUGUUUGUUUCUUUUGUGUUGGUACGUACGUGUCUUUCGUCUUCGAAUUGUUUCUGUAUGGCCUCCCGCUCGAGGUGCAGGUUCUCCUGCAUGCGCUUGAUCUCGUCCUCAGACGGCCCCUCACGCACCACCUUCUCCACAACCUUCUCGACAACUACCUGCUUCUCUACCACACCUGCACGCAUGGAUAUACACAUUCGGAGACAGAGACAUUGAUGUUGUCAGCGCGUGUUGGGGGGAGGGUUGUGUGUGAGAGAGUACCCCCUGCGCCGCCCCUAGAUUCGAGUUCGGCUUUGAGCCUUGCGAUUUCCUCCUGGAACUCGCGGAUCAUAGCGUCCUUGGGGUCCUCGUUGAUGCGGGGCUUGUUCUUGAUGCUCUUGGCGCGAUACGCAUACCUUAUCGACCAAACACAGACAGAGAGACGACACAGAGAGGAAUUCGCGUCCGGUGCACGACUGGCUGACGUCUGUUUUGACAAACCUGAGCGUGCUGAGCGUUUCGUCAUAGUUGUAGUCGGCCGGUCCGAUCUGUGCGAUCAUGACGGUCUUGGUGUUGCCGCCGAGUGAGUCCUGCAGCAGCCGGGUGAGCUUCGAGUCGCGGUAGGGCACAAACCCGUGGGGCGACUUGCUGUCAACCAACGCUGAGAUGACGUGACCUGCACACACAGAGAGAGGCGACACAGAUGACCAGACACGUGAGUGGUUGUGUGUGCGUCGGUCAGUUAGUGUGUCAAGGAAUGGCACACCGAGUGCAGAGAGGGAGAGGUUGAUCUUGGUGGCCUCCUUGAGUGUGUCGCCCGUCGACCCCGUCUUGCUCUGCCUGCACACACACACACACACACACGUGUAUAGUCAGUCACGGCCUGUCUCUGUGUCUGUCUGUGUGUGCGUAGAGAUGGAUGGAUGUACCUCUCCGAGCCGGCCAGGUCGACCAUGUUAAGCUUGCCGGCCCGUAUGUGGCUCUUGCCGUCGGGCCCCACCUCAAACGACUCUAUCGUGAUCGUGAAGAUCGAAUGAGACCUGCGAAGACACGACAGACGCACACAGGACGGCAGCCAGGAAUUGUGUGGAUGGAAUGUGUGGAGGUGUGGCUGACAGCGCAGCUACCUGGAUGACUCGAUGUUCAUGAGGGUGGCGCCGACGGACCUAUUCUUCUGACCAGCCAUCUGCACGCAGCAACACACAACACACAACACACAACACACAACACACAACACACAAAGCAGGAAGACAACUGACUGACACGCGUGAAGAAUGUAAGGUCUGUCUGUCUUGUCGCCAUCUUACCAUAACUUGCCGCAUCUCAGAUACGUCCUUGACGACAAACGUGGACAAAUCCUGCAGGCAGACCAAGCACCAAAGCAGCACAAACAAAUCCACACACAUCCAUCCAUCCAUCCAUCCAUUGUUGUGUGAGCUAUCCAGCCGCGCCGUCUGACCUUGACGUAGACGCCAUGGUCUGUGUGGUCUUUGAGCUCCAGCUUCUCCUUCGGAUUCUUGGACAGCAAAUCGCGGAUCUGACCACAGAUAGACAGACCGAGGGAGGGAGGGAGGGAGGGAUACAGACGUGAUAUGCCCAGGAUUGUGUGCCCAUUCAUUCUCACCCACCUCUUCAUUGUAUAUCUCCAGGAAGGACGCCCGCACAAGAAAUUUCUGCGCGUACGCAUCGCAUGCCAGAGGAGAGAAAUGGUCAGUCAGUCAGUCAGUCAGUGGAUCCGCCCCCCUCCUGUUUCUUUCUUUCUUUCUUUCUUUGGCUCACUGACUGACCUUGUCUGUGGUGACGUUGAUGUCGUUGAAGAUGUGCUCAAAGGCACGGGGGAUCACCCCACGGACCUCUGACCAUCCAAUCCAACACGUACACACGACACGCAACAGAAGGCAAGCAGACAGACAGGCGGGCAGCACCAAUCCAUCCAUCAACCCAUCCUCUCUAUGAUUAAACUAUCCAUCCAUUCCCUUCACCUGGCGGUUUGUCGGGCCCGACCAUGGUGUAGGUCUUGCCCGUCCCCGUCUGCCCGUAGGCGAAGAUCGUCCCGUUGUACCCCUCCAUGACGCUCUCCACUAUGGAGAAGGCCGUCUCGUCGUAUAUCUGCUGCUGCGUGGAGCUGCACGGACGCACACACAUACGCAUACACAUGACCGUCCCAUGGUUUGUGGUGUGGGGCUCGCUCACUUCCAGUCGUAGACGGCGUCGUAUGUGAAGUCCUUGGUGGCAUCCCGCCCGCCGGACCCCUUGAACACCGUCACCAUGGCGUUCUUGACGUCCAUCUCCACCACACGCACACGCCCGUCCGCCACCUCCUGCUCGCUCAUCGGCCGACACCUGCACACAUCAAAAACACGCCACAAACAAGGCCAUUUCACACGAUUUGGAGGGCAUCGGAGUGUAUUCUCCGCCAGAGCGUCGGUGUGUUGCCCUGUGUUCACCUGAUGAUGACCCGCACGCAUUCGGCUUUGUUGGAGAGGGCCAUUUCUGAAUCUGCUGGCUAUUCGACGGCAAAAGAGGAACUUUGAUGGAGGGAAAACAGCCGACUACUGAUCUAUGGAGCGCUCCCGCGUAGUCGGCA